UGAUACAUCAGGUUAAUUGUAACAUUUAGUACUGGUACUAAAUGUGGUCACAUCUAUGUAAAUAACCCAUUAAAUAAUCUUAUUGGUUGCAAUGUCGAAACUUCCUCGACCAAGUGUCUCACGGAAAUCUGUUGCAUCAAGACAGUCAACAUCACGUCCUUCAACUAGUAGACCCUCAGUAUCCAGACAGUCAAUUUCAAGACCUUCUGUUUCUCGGCAGUCAGUUUAUGCUGGUAGACAAUCAACGAUCGGGUCCAAUUUUGUUAAAGUUGAUGCAAAAAGCAAUGUGAAGAAGAAUGUCAAAGACAUUCUUGAAUUUCUGAUCGACAAAGAAUACCCCAGUGUUUUGACAAGGAAAAACCUUAUGAACCCUACUGAGGCAACUUUUAAAGAAGUAUUGCGGUUUAUUAUUCUGGAUUGGUAUCCUGGCUUUGAAAUCACUAGACUGUCAAGUGAUGUCAUGGGAUUAAUGAAUGAUUUGUCGUAUCCUUAUCAGUUAAAGGAAAGUUAUUUCAAACCUGUUGGCAGUCCUAUUAGCUGGCCGUAUCUUCUUGAAGCUCUCGCAUUUCUCGUAAAUAUCAUCCAAAUGACAGAUUACGAGGCGGCACAUAUUUCCCAAGUAUAUACCAUCAAUUGUAAAGAAGAGGAAGAGGCAGAAGAAGAAUUAAGGCAUCAGAUUAUUUCAGCUAAACACUACCGAGACUUCCAAACUGGUGACACAGCAAAUGAUGAUUCCAAGGAAAAGUAUUUAAAAGAACUCGAUAUUGAGGGUACAGUGAAAAGACUUACUGAAGAAAAUGAUCGACUCAAUAAAGAGCAUGAGGCCCUUGAAGUUGAAAAUAAUGCUUUUCCUGAAAUCAAAGCAGGCUUUGAAGCCAAGAUUGAUAAAAUCAAUGCGGAAAUUAUUGUACAAGAUGAAGAUGAGGAAGCUUUUUCUCAAUUAAUCAAAGACAGACAAAAAGAAGCUGAAAGUUGUCAAGCUCAAUUUGAGGAACAGGGAAUCCAACUGGACGAAUUGAGAGAAGAUAUGAAGAACAAGCAAUGCGAAAUCGAAAGAUUAGAAAAUCUGAUUGCAGAUCAGCCACCACAACACGAAGUUCAACGAUUGAAGCGGCAUUAUCAUGACCUUCUUGAUAAAAGAAAUAAUUUAGUCGAGGAAAAUGUUAAUUUAGUGGAGGAAAAUGCAUCAAGAGAAAUCGCUCUCAGCAAGCAGCAAAGAGAAUUAAAGGAGCGAAUGAGGAAGAUGAUCAGUGAGAUACAGACAAUUAUACCAGAUGUGAGAUACGACACUGAUAGAGUUAUUGAUAACAAGAGUAUAAUGCAGCUUACAGCCAUAAAUGAAAGACUAAAGAAGAAAGUAUCGGCUGACAAAGAGGAUUCUAUUAAACUGGAAAAGAAGCUCUUUGAUCAAAAGAUAGAAGUUCAGCGCUUGGAGGAUGAUUUGAAACUGGAGUCCGACACCUUGAUACAGGCAAAGCAUCAACUUAAACAAAAGCAAGAACUGAGUCAAAUGGAGAGACAGAAAUGUAUAGCAAAGUCAGAUAGCUUGAAAAAGCAGCUUGAAGAUGCCCGGCACUCUACCGAGGAACUCAGGAAACAGCUCAGUGAGCAGGAAACAGUGGAUAGUAUCGAGGAGAAAAUAAGAGAGGAGAACAGACUGAUAGGUAGGUACCACGAGGAGGUAGAAAUCUACAAAGCGAUCAGAAAACACAGGGAGCACGAGCUCGAGUUUCUGAUCCAGGAUAUGGAGCACCAGUUUGGUCAUCUCAAAAUGAUAGCCAAACUCAAACAAAACAAUGAGUUGAAUAUGGAAGUGGAACAAGUAAGAAUCCAGAGGAAGAGGAAGUUUGAUGAAGACGAUGAUUUGAAUACGAGAUUAGAAGAACUAAUCAAAAGAAUCGGAGAGAAAAGUCAGGAGUCAUUAGAAACUAAUCUUGAGCGCUUAGUUGACAUCCUCGAUCAGGAGAUAACAACGAAAAAGGAAUUCAUCCUAAAUUCCUUGGUCAAAAAUGCAAUUGGCCAGCCGGAGAAGAUGACGAUCUACUCGACUCUGGUCGGCCUUCUGAACGUCAAAAUGUUCUCAACAGGGGGCGAGUUCCUGGUGUUGAUAAUGGAGAGACUUGGAACACUGAUUGAUGACGCGGAAUGGAGGAGCGUACAAUUAUUGAUCAGAUUUCUGGCAGAUCUUAUAAAUUGUAAUGUUGUUUUGGGCGCCUCCCUGCUCGGUUUGUUUGACACUUUCAUCGCAACUGCUGCUCAACCUGGAGUCAAACCAAGUAUGAGAGAUUUUCUGCUCUAUUCGGUAAUGCAGUGUUUGCCCUGGAUAGGGCUUCAUUUUAGCGACAGUAAAGAUCAAGUGGAAUUCGACCGUCUUCUGGAUAUCCUAGAAACGGAAAUAGAAAAGAGAGAAAAGCACUACAUGCCAUCAAUACGGGUGUGGUCGAGUGAUAAUCCUUUACCUCAAAUAGAAUAUAUGGACUCUCUGUGGCUCCAGAUUAAAAAUAUGCGGAACAACAACUGGGAGGAUAACUGGAUAAUCAGACCGUACGUGGCUUUUGAAAGCAAGCUGGAGAGCUCCCUUCAGCACCCUUUACCUCAGUUCGAGCUUCCUGCAGAUCUUGAACACACUCAGUUCCCUCUACCUACUGUUGUUUUCAGAAUAUUCGACACUCCGGAUGUUCCUAAUCGACCCGAAGUUCCCAAGUUGCCCCGAUUCAACAGUAUAGACAGAUUCCUAGUCGAGGAUGCUAUAAUGAACGUUAUAAACAGCAAGAAUAUGACAAAGAAAGAAUGUGCGGAAUCUCUGCUCAGAAUCUCUGGACGGAGUUCUAUGCCGCUUAAUUAUAUGCUGGUUGAGGUUCUAUUCGGUGGACUGUUGGAGUUACCAGUGCCCAGAUACUCUGAACUCUUUUACGGCAGUAUCCUGGUCCAACUCUGCCAGUUGAUGGCAGACCAUCUUCCCCAAGUACUCGCUCAAGCUGUGGCCUAUGUCUACGAGAGACUGGAUACCAUGAAUACUGUUCUGGUUGACAGAUUUGGGUCUUGGUUCGCCUACUUCCUCAGCAACUUCAAAUACCAUUGGACGUGGAGUGAGUGGGAAGAAUGUGUCAAACUCAACCAAACAGACCCCAACCACCCCAAACCCAAGUUCCUUAAAGAAGUGUUCCUCAAACUCCUCUGGUUGACAUUUUACGAGAAACUUAAGGACGUUAUUCCGGAGGAGUUUGUAACACUUCUGCCAGUAAAACCAGGAUAUAACCACAAGUUCGCGGAGAUAACCCCUGAGAAUAGGUUGCAGGCUCAGUGCGCUAAAGCUCUGAUAGAAAGUAUCAAGAAUAAGGAGGGGCUGGAUAUGAUGUUGGGAAGUUUAGAUCCUCUUCCUGACGGCGCUAUUGAUGGUCGAGAACUGGACCCAGUGUACCCGGAAGCUAAACUAGAAGUUGUUGUUCAGACCAUUCUCCGAGUGGGAUGCAAGAGUAUUAGUCAUAUCAGUGUUGCUUUAAACAGAUUCAGAGAUUUAAUAAUGGCAGUGAUGCCCAACCAAGAUGCCAAAGUGUGCUGCCUAAAGAUAACGUUCAGUUUCUUCAAAACAAACCAUCAGCUUAUGUGUAUCAUGAUAGAAAAGUACCUAAAUUUCCAGUUAAUCGAGCCUAGUUGCAUCGUCAGUUGGAUAUUCAGUCCUUACAUGCUCCCCCACUUUGACAGAUUGUAUUUGUGGCAGAUGUUGGAUACAACUAUCAAGUUUUGUAUCAAGAGGUGCGACAGAAUCAAAGUUGAGUUGGAGAAAAGCAAGGUGAAACUAAACGACAAAAAGGAACAAGAAGCCGGGGCUCCUGAUCCAGACAUAGCUGAGAAGAGAAAACAGCUAGUACAAGCAGCAGAGGAGGAGGUGGACCAUUAUGUUAAAUUAUUGGAGGACGCAGAAAGGAGUCAGAAAGAAGUGUUCCUCAUUGUCGUGCAGAGAUUUAUAAUGAUAUUGACGGACCACAUCGUGCGGAGUGAACAAGAGUCCAGAUACACACAGACACUCUGGUUUAGAUGCACUCGAGACAGACUUAGACAGACUCUUGUAAAGUACCGCAGAGAAGUUAAAAGGUACAUGGUGACACUCCAAACCCUACUAUUUACUCCUGAAAUCGAACCCAAAAUCCUGGAGUGUUUCACCCAGUUCAAAGGCUACAUUGCUUGAGCAAGUUACAGCCAGAAUCUGACCAAAGAAGAUUUAGCUCAGUUCACAUUUUAUGAAGCACUGCCAGGCCGAGUGACAUCGAGUUCAGGAAUAUUGACAUAUUCUUUUAACUGAUGAAGAUUGCGAUGCUAUUUUUGGGUAUAUAUUAUCAUUGAUCUAAAUUGGUGCCUUAUGAUAAAUUUUAGAGAUUUUCAAGCAAAUUUCAACUUCUAACCCCCCUUGGCCUGCGGAACAAUUGAGAGAUCCCAUUUUAUCCCACUGUUUAUUACGUUUUAUGUAUUUCCAGUAUUCACUCUAUUUAUUUUUAAUAUG